UCUCCUCCUCUUCCUCUUCCAGACUCAGCCCACAACACGCCACCACAUCGGCCAUCCCACACUCGCCCCACACACCUAACAAACAUUACAUCUUUGCUCGAUCUGGGGCGUGCACGCGGGAUGGAGAGCCGAGAGGAGAUGCUGGCCCAGGAGGCUCAGACGCGCAAGAGCACCCCGGCUUUGGCGGCCGGAAGCCCCGGCAAGCCGGACCGCAGAGGCUGCUUGACGGAAGCGGUGAUGGAGGAGAUCGCGCGCAGGAAUUUGUGCGCAGACAUGGGGGAUAGGCAUCGGGGCGAUGGGGCCCACAAAGACGGCAGCAGCUCGGACACAGAGUCGGACUUCUACGAGGAAAUCGACGUGAGCUGCACGCCUGAAAGUAUGGACUAUAAAGGUCGAAAUGGAGAUUCGCCUGGUCUGCCAAGUGAUUCUGGUUCUGACCCGGGUAAGACCGUCCAAGGUCAGAACUCUCUGUCCUUCUCGGCGGAUCAGAUUCGCCGGUACCGCACAGCCUUCACCCGGGAGCAGAUCGCGCGGCUGGAGAAAGAAUUUUACCGAGAGAACUAUGUGUCCAGGCCGAGGAGAUGCGAGCUGGCGGCUGCGUUGAAUCUACCGGAAACUACUAUUAAGGUGUGGUUCCAAAACCGCAGGAUGAAGGACAAGCGUCAACGUCUGGCUAUGACGUGGCCUCACCCUGCGGACCCAGCCUUCUACACAUACAUGAUGAGCCACGCAGCGGCCACGGGGAACCUGCCUUACCCCUUCCCAUCCCACCUGCCGUUACCCUACUACUCGCACCUUGGGGUGGGAGCCGGCUCCACUCCGACCGCCGCCACUCCUUUCCCAAACCCCCUGCGCCCCCUGGACAGUUUCCGCAUGCUGUCCCACCCAUACCAGAGGCCGGAACUCUUGUGCGCCUUCAGGCACCCGUCCCUGUACCAGAGUGCGGCUCACGGGCUCGGUCCCGGGGGAAGCCCGUGCACUUGCCUGGCCUGUCACUCCGCCCCAUCCGGCGGCCUGUCAUCCAGGGUCCCGUCCUCGGACUUCGCCUGCUCCCCAACGAGCAGGACUGACGCUUUUGUCACUUUUACGCCUUCCGUGUUGAGCAAAGCUUCAUCCGUCACAGUGGACCAGCGAGAGGAGGUUCCCCUCAACAGAUAAAACAAACUUCCCUAUAGCAUGGAGCCUUUAACUCUUAUUUAAUAGUUGGACCAGAGCACAAGAAAUUAUUGCGUCACCAAUUAUGUAUCAUAUUUAAAUAAAUUAGGACACAUGCAUCUACUGAAACAUUUCAAUCCCUAAUUAUGUUUUUUAGGUUAUGAGUCUUUCCACAUCCAUAUAGAGAAUGAUGCUUCCAUGCAGUCUAUUUCUAACAAGGGGGAUUUGUUAAAGGAGCCCGAGCCGUCUCAUUAGAGGCAGAUCUCAGCCAUGUGCACAUGAAAUUACAGCGUGAUGUAUAUGUAGGAGCCGGUGAAUUUUGAGUGCGGAAUUAAUGAUUAGACCAGCAAGGCGAUGGUUGCUGCAUGCCGAAAGGUAACAAGGCGCCAGGGGAGCGGAUUACAAAGGAGGAGGACGACGCAAGAUGGAGAGUGGACAAUCAAAAAAAAAAAAAAAACUUACUAAAAUAUUUGUCGUUUUCUCAUAAGAACCAGCACAUCAAUUAUCUUUUGGUUAUCAUUGCUGCACUCGUUUAUAUUUAUGUAUUUUUCUUUGAACUGAUUUUCUGUUUUAAGGAUCUUAACAUCUAAUUUGUAAUAAACUGUCCUCUAAAUGAAGCAGACGAGUUUUCUUUGUCAUUUUCCGUUUUUUUAAGGGGCGGGGGCUCAAUGUUGUUGGCCCCCCUCUCCCAAUAAUAAUAAUUUUCCUCUCAAA